UCAAAAAAUGAGCAGGGCAGAAAAGUUGUGUCUUUCCCUAUUAAGCUACUGCAAAACACUCCGAAACCUCAACCAAAUCCACGCCUUCGUUUACAAAUCCGGCCUUGAAACUAACCCAUUAAUCGCCGGAAAGCUCCUACUUCUUGGUGCCCUUCAAAUUCCUGAAGCUAUUGAUUACGCUCGCCGUCUGCUCAUCCACAAUCCAAACCCAGAUGUGUUCAUGUACAACACCCUCAUCAGAGGUGAAUCCGAGGCAGACUCACCUAAGAAUUCAGUCAACUCAUUCAUUUACAUGCUGCGAGAAUCAUAUUCCCCUCCUGAUAGUUUCUCAUUUGCUUUUGUACUCAAAGCAGCGGCUACUUUGCGGUGUUUAAGAACCGAGUUUCAGCUGCAUUGUCAAGCUAUGACUCGUGGGCAUGAUACUCAUCUCUUUGUUGGGACUACAAUGAUUAGUAUGUAUGCGGAAUGUGGGUUUGUUGAGUUUGCUUGGAAGGUGUUUGUUGAAAUACCUGAACCAAAUGUUGUGGCGUGGAAUGCAAUACUUACAGCAUAUUUUUGGGGCAGUGAUGUAUGUGGCGCAGAUAAAGUGUUUGGUUUAAUGCCUUUUAGGAACUUGACUACUUGGAAUGUGAUGCUGGCAGCGUAUACUAAAGCCGAGGAACUUGAGCGUGCGGAGGAAUUGUUCUUGCAGAUGCCAAGUAGAGAUGAUGUUUCUUGGAGUACUAUGAUUGUUGGAUUUGCUCAUAAUGGUUAUUUUGAUGAGGCACUUCGAGUUUUCAGGGAGUUGGUUGGGAGUGAAAGUAGGCCCAAUGAAGUGAGUUUGACGGGUGCUUUAUCUGCAUGUGCUCAACCUGGGGCGCUUAAGUUUGGGAUGGUAUUGCAUGCAUUUAUAGAGAAAGUGGGGUUGAUUUGGAUAAGUUCUGUGAACAAUGCACUUUUGGAUACUUACUCCAAGUGUGGAAAUGUGUUGAUGGCUCGUCUUGUCUUUGAGAGAAUGCUUGGGAAGAAAAGCAUUGUUUCUUGGACUUCUAUGAUUGCAGGGUUUGCAAUGCAAGGAUAUGGUGAAGAGGUGAUAAAAAAAUUUCAUGAGAUGGAAGAAUCUGGUACCAGACCUGAUGGGGUCACUUUUAUUUCGGUCCUUUAUGCAUGUAGUCAUGCUGGUUUAGUUGAACAAGGUCAUGAGCUAUUCAGUAAAAUGACAGAAACUUAUGACAUUGAACCAACUAUUGAGCAUUAUGGUUGUAUGGUUGAUUUGUAUGGUAGGGAUGGUCAGCUUCAUAAGGCAUAUAAUUUUAUGGUUCAAAUGCCAGUACCACCCAAGCAGGAGCCUAAGGCAGCAGUAGUCGCAGAUCCUAAGGCCCCAAUAUUUGGGCCUUCAUCCCCACAGCCAGGGCCAGAGGAUAGGGCAAUGAGAGAUAUAGAUUUGUUGCUAACCAGAUUAGCGGUAGGGCGGGCUCGAAGUCAUGGGCUGGGGAGAAAGGUUCAACACAGAGGGCGACGUCCCGAUAGAGAUUAUGAUAGCGGCCAAUAUAAGAAAACUAGGUCGGUCGAGGAUUCAGUGGCUAUGCGCCCUGUAGGGCACGGUACUUAUACAUCAGUAGGUCGUGGUCGGGGCCAUGGUGGACCUUCUAUUUCUAGCGGUCCUUUGAGUCACAUUUAUGCUUUAGCUAGCGGACAGGACCAGGAGGCGCCACCAAAUAUGGCUAUAGGUAUGUUACAAAUCUUCUUCCAGGAUAUAUGUGUUGAUAGAUCCAGGCUCCACUUUAUCAUAUAUGUAUCCCCUUUUGUUGCUAGUCGGGUCAGAAGGAAACUCGAAUUAAUGGACCUGUUUGAGAUAGCCACACCAAUAGGAGACUUUAUUUUAGAAAAGUACGGUGAGGGUAGAUAG